UUUUCUAAGUCAACACAAAAAAGGAUUUCUGAUGUUAAAUAAGAUGGAAAUGAGUCUAGACGACAUCAUCAAGUUGAACCUUGGUUUUAAAAACAAAGUUCGUCGUGGUCAAAAAGAAAAAGUUCGUAAAACUACUGCAGAAGGCGGCUUCAAAGGUAUUCGAAGGACUCGCAACGCAACUGGAUUCAUACAGAAGACCAAGUUCCAACAGGGAAGAACUUUUAGGGAACCAAAAAGACCCACUUUUCUCAUGGUUUGCAAUUUGGACUACGGAGUGAAUGACGACGACAUCAUGGAGCUCUUCAACGAAAGCGGACUGGUGCAGCAAGGGUUGGUCCACUACGAUCGCGAGGGCAACUCAUUGGGCACCGCUCAAUUGAUGUGUAAAUAUCGCGCCGAUGCCAUGAAGAUCAUCAAGCAGUUCCACGGAGUCUUUUUGGACGGACGCCGAUUGAAGCUACAUCUCAUACAAAAAACACGCGAUUUCAAACGCCCUGAUGGUGAAUCUCGUUCAUUGCAGAGUGGAUCCUUGCAGUCUCGUCCUUUCAAGAAUCAUUAUUACCAGCCUCGUCCUUUCAGGCCUGCUGCCUUCAAGACACUGACAUUCUCGCCUCGUCCUUUUGAGCGCGAUGGCAUCCAAGUGGAUUCUUCGUCUUACGAAAGCCUCGUAUCAGAACCCAUUUUUAGGGCCAAAUCGAAUGGAGGGACCUUCCGAAAGUCUGGUUUGCGUAACAGCAAUCGCAAUUCAACUCCACAUAAGAAUGCAUACAGAAAUAAUGAUUUUAUCCACUAAUACCACAUUACGAAUGUUGGUAUAAGAGCUUUACAUAAAUCUUUAUGAAUUUUCAUGGAUUAACAAACCAUAUUAAAUAAAGCUUAAUACGGAA